AUGAAGCCGUCACCAAGCCCCCCUCCCAAUAAAGGAGGGGAGAUCCAACCUCAGUCGAUCGCACCCUUGGAAAGUGAUGGCAGUAUAUCACGGCCUUCGGCACCAGUCACGGAGGAGCAUAGGCAGAGCAUUCCGUCGCAUCCGAUCGGCCACUCGCACCAACCCAUCGCCCCGGAGGCAGCUGGGGACACCGACAUUGACUCUAACCUAAAGCGUGCCAUGUCGACCGGAUCCUCGCCACAAGAUAUGUCAGCUCAUGCACGUAUCCCGGCUCCUCUUGUUUCCUUUGGAACUUCGCCACCCGCUGGAGAAGAGAUUAUGUCGUCGGAUCCGACGCGAGCCCCGACACCUGGCCAAUCGACUUAA